CGACCCAAUCUUGGAAAUCGAGGGGUAAUUCAGGGGCUUUGGUACAAAGUACCACCCACCGUAACUUCCCCACCAGAAACUUUGAAGACAAAUGGUUUUUCAGAUACUUAGGUUUCUUCCAUUUGGCAAAAGCUGUAACCCCACCGUGUGUGACACCCGAUAGGAUACUUCACCGCUCAACCGCACUCUUCCACGCCAAAAACACUCCAUUCUCAUCGGUCAGGACUUGGUUUUGAACCAAUUGCUCCUACCAGCACCACACAAAAUAGAAGGAACAAAAGAACUGCAAAGAUGGCGCAGAAGACGACCCUCCAGGAAUUCGAGUCCGUUUUCCCCAAGCUGGAGGAGGUGCUCCUCGAGCAUGCCAGGUCCUACAACCUGCCAGCUCAGGCACUCGAGUGGUACAAGAAGUCCCUCGAGGUCAACACGGUGGGCGGCAAGUGCAACCGCGGCAUGUCCAUACCGGACUCGGCUUCGCUGCUGCUUGGGCGGCCGCUGACUGAGGACGAGUACUUCAAGGCGGCGACGCUGGGCUGGAUGACGGAGCUGCUGCAGGCUUUCUUCCUCGUGUCGGACGACAUCAUGGACAGCAGCAUCACGCGGCGGGGCAAGCCGUGCUGGUACCGGCACGAGGGUGUGGGCAUGAUCGCCAUCAACGACGCCUUCAUGCUCGAGUCGGCCAUCUACACGCUGCUCAAGAAGUACUUCCGCGACCACCCGCGCUAUGUCGAGCUCAUGGAGCUGUUUCACGAGGUCACGUACCAGACCGAGAUCGGCCAGCUGUGCGACCUGCUCACGGCGCCCGAGGACAAGGUCGACCUGGACAACUUCAGCAUGGACAAAUACCGCUUCAUCGUCAUUUACAAGACGGCCUACUACAGCUUCUACCUGCCUGUGGCGCUGGCGCUAUACCUUCUCGACCUGGCGACCCCCGACAACCUCAAGCAGGCCGAGGCCAUCCUGAUUCCGCUGGGCGAGUACUUCCAGGUGCAGGACGACUACCUCGACAACUUUGGCCUGCCCGAGCACAUUGGCAAGAUCGGCACCGACAUCAUGGACAACAAGUGCUCGUGGCUGGUCAACCAGGCCCUGGCCAUCGUGACGCCCGAGCAGCGCCGCGUGCUGGCCGAGAACUACGGUCGCAAGGACAAGGACAAGGAGGCCGUCAUCAAGAAGUUGUAUGACGAGCUCAAGCUCGAGCAGCGGUACAAGGACUAUGAGGAGAAGGUCGUCGGUGAGAUCCGCGACCUGAUUGCAAAGAUCGACGAGACGCAGGGCCUGAAGAAAGGCGUCUUCGAGGCCUUCCUGGCCAAGAUCUACAAGCGCAGCAAAUAAAGCGUGCUGUUGCGGAG